CUAGUGUGGUCUUUCCUUGCGUGGUUUUCUCUUCAGUAGCUACAGUAGCUAAUGUGCUUUGUUUGGUGUGAUACAGGAGCGUUAUUUAAUUUGUAACAAACACCAGUGGAAAAUGUCUACCGCUUUGGAGAGUUAUAUCAACAGGACUGUAGCCAUUAUUACAUCAGAUGGACGGAUGAUUGUGGGUACGCUUAAGGGCUUCGACCAGACAAUCAACCUGAUUUUGGAUGAAAGCCACGAGCGAGUGUUCAGCUCCACACAGGGAGUGGAGCAGGUUGUGCUGGGAUUGUACAUUGUUAGAGGGGAUAAUGUGGCUGUUAUUGGUGAAAUCGAUGACGAAACAGACUCUGCACUGGAUCUCGGUAACAUAAGAGCAGAACCACUAAACUCUGUGGCGCACUAAUUUUCAACAGUGUGCAAGUUUGCUAAAGGAUGGACUCAUUCUCUCAGAUGUAAACAGUGCCGAGUAUUUGUGCUGCCUCUCCUUCCUACAAAAUUCAAGAAGUACCAGCCAAAUGAAGCAGAAUUGUUUCUGAAAUGUUUUUUAAUCUGUAAAAAUGAUACUUCGUGUUUAGCUUUUUUACAUGUCUGAUCAUAAGAGCAAAUAAAUUGUGGAAGCUUUUGGUCUAAAA